AUGACAUCGUUGCCUUUCUCUGAUCAUGAAGUUAGUGUCUAUUAUCAACAACAGGCUGAAAAUAUGUUCAAAGAGACUUUGAGUAGUCUUGAAAUGGUGGAAGUCCAUCCAGAUGUGUUAAAAUUGCUACACAAGAGUGAUGUAUAUAAUGAAACUAAUAGUCGUAAACGUGGGUCACGUGAUACAGAUGUUGACAUUGGUUAUCAAAAGAGCAAACAAGCAAAGAAUACAACGACACAAGGGAUUGAUGACUCUAGAUAUUCACUAGAGGGAUCUAUUCAUGAUAUGGAUAAAUAUGAAAUAAUACUUUCCUACCUGCGACACCAAGAACUGACGCUGGAUGAAUUAAUGUCACGAACAAUUUUAAAUCAAUGGGCAAUUAAUAACGAUUAUGUCAGUAAUGGGUUGGAAAUGGUGGAUAUGAAGAUAGAGAAACAAAUUAAAGAAAUUGAACAAAUUAACAAAUACCGUGAACAGUCACAGAAUAAGUUUGCGAAUGCAGAAAAGAUGAUGACAACAGAUUGGCAUGACAGUUUACGCAAUAAUUUAAAAUAA